AUGAUCAGAGAAUGGGAGAAUGGCUGUCAGAAGACUGGAAAACAGAGGGCUGGAGAUUUAAGAGCCCAAGGAAGGAUGACCACAGAGAGGAAGUCAAAUAAGGACGGAACACCAGUCAAAGUAUUCAGUAUAAGCCAUUCCUUUCAGGAUAAAGGCUCCCUGUGCUGCCAAGGGGAUCCAUGUCCUGCUUCACCACUGGGGAUAUGGACCCAAUUCUACAAAUCAGACCCACGCAUUGCCCUCGGGAAAUACUCCCCUUUGGAAAAAGAGAUCAUACGUCUGGGUGGUGUUCACACUGUAGCAGCCAGAAGGUUUCUGACUUAUAAGCAAGAGGCAGAACGGAAAAUGCUCAAGGAACUGCACUUGCUGUCUUCAGAUUACAAACGGGCGAUGGAAUAUAAAAAUCAACGUUCCUCUCCUUGUGCCAUCUGCGGGCCCCUAGAAAAAAUUUGGACGGCAAAGGUGAUCGUGCCUGUGGAGGAGCUCAGAAUCCCACGGCGAGAGAGGCUGAACAUCAGCAAGCACAUAGAACGAAUGCAGCUGGCUCGAGCCCUGAGAAGUAAGCAGUUUUUACCCUACAUCGAAAGCUUUAGGGGCUCUUCGCUUCUGUCUGGAGGGGGCCUGGGCCCCACGGCAAGGGACAGGGCUGGGGAGGAUGAGGAUGACGAGGACGCUGAUGACUGUGGUGAUGCCCAUCAAGAAAAGAGAGAUGAAGAGGAGGGCAAAACCGCAAGACAGGAAAUAAAAAUGAAUGUGAUUUUCAAGUCAGAAGAACGAAAAAAAAGUGUAACAUACCAUCCAAAUGAUCUAAAGCCCUUCCUCCCCCCCACAAAGAAAGAGCGAUCCAUCGCUGGCUUAACGAACAGAAAUCUUUUGCGCCUAGCCGAAUUCCCUGGAGACCUGAUGCUCAUGAAUCAGUAUUUUCUAUCGCGGGGACCCCACCCCUGUGAUGUGCCGAAGGCCAACUGCCUUGAAGAAGAGAGUGCCUGGGAAGAGUACACACGCAAAGUGGUUUCCCAUCAUCAUUAA